GACGCGCCGCCGACACCACACGUCGGACGACACUCCACCACACCAUUGUCCAACUUGGGAGGUGACCUCGGAAGUUUUCGUUGGUUUCGCCGACGACUCGUCGAGUGAUUUAAGUGCAAGUUUAGUGCGUGGGUGAUUUCUCCUCCGGUGGUGCCGGGGGUGUGCGAGGGUUGUCAAAAUUGCCAAAGUGUCUCCCAUAAAGUUGUCGGCGAUGGACAGCAACUCGGUGUCGCCGAUGCCGGAGCUGGCGCCGAUCGCGGAGUUCGACAAGUCGCCGCCAUCGCCGCCGAAUGAGGAGGUCCCGAUGGAUGACCUCCCGCCGCCUCCUGCUACGAUCUCCGGGUCGGAAACGAAGAAAGUCAAAGUCCAGCGCACCCGCUCGUACGAAUCGGACGAGCAUGAGAGGGGCGCGUGCGAGUGGUGUGAAUACGCGCUCGUCAUCACGCUCGCCACCAUCCUCCUCAUUGGAGUUUCCGCGCUGACCAUCUUCUGGGUGUUCUACUACCGCGAUGGGUACGCCUGGGCUGACGGCAGCCCGGCCAAGCAGUUCAACCUGCAUCCCACUCUCAUGGUCGCCGGGUUCAUCACCUUCAGCGGCUUCUCGGUGCUGCUGUACCGCAUCUGCCGGUGCUUCAGGCGCAUCUACGUGAAGCUGCUCCACGCCAUCUUUCACGCGCUGGCGUUCCCGUGCAUCGUCAUUGGGUUCCUGGCCGUGUUCGACUACCACAACAAGUCUGGCAUCAACAACUUCUACUCCCUGCACAGCUGGAUCGGCCUCGUGGCUAUGGGACUGUUUGGAAUACAGUACGCUGUGGGCUUCUUCAGCUUCCUUCUCCUGCUCAUCUGCAACAAGGGCACCGCCGGGUUCCGCGCCUCCCUGGUCCCCGUCCACGCCGCAUUCGGUAUCCUGACCUUCGUUCUUGGCGUCGCCGCUUGCCUGACUGGUUUGACUGAGAAGGCGCUCUUCAGCAUUGGGGCUGACGCGUACGCGACGCUGACGGACGAGUCGAUCGUGGUCAACGCCAUCGGCAUGAGCAUCGUGGCCGUGGCCAUCGUGGUGCUGUACACCGUCCGCGGCACCGGCGGCUACCGCCUGCGCAAGGUCGCGGCGCAGCACCCCAGCUAAGCGCCAUCCCAGCUAGGAGAUAAACUGCCUGUCGCUUGCCAUUAAAACCCGGUUUUCACUAAAGCGGAGAAGAGAGGUGUGAACAUCCAAUCAAAUUCCCGAACAAACGCUGAGCGAAAGGUGAUUGGCUAUUUAAACGCGUCAUCUUCUCUCCGCUUUCGUGGAAACUGGGCUUAUCUUACGGCCCACUAUACUUUUGCCAGACGUGCCAGGUACGCGUUAUUCGAUUUGUCAUCUGUACCUUGCGCACCUGACAAGCGUUAGUAUGUGGUUGCCCUAAUAUUUUUGAUUUGCGAAAUCUGAACCCAUUACGAAAUGUUUACGAAACAAAUUGUCUGCAAUUUGUCUUUAGUUUUUUUCAAUGCCAUUCAUCUCAUUAUCAUUUAGUAUGAUGAGAAAACGUACCUUUGAAACAUUUUGUAGAGUUUUGUAUAAUUAAUGAGAAAUAAUUCGAAUGCAUUUAGUUUUUCUACCCAUCACAGUGGCCAGUUUAAGAUGCGGCAUUUUAUCUCCAGUUUUCUACAUUUUAAUAUUCGAUUUUAUGCUUACAAUAUAAAGUUUGGAUGACACCAUGAUUACAAGUAAGUUAGCAAAUAUAAGCAUAAAUUCGGAUCUUCCAAGUUUCUUUUAGGAGAAGGUAAGAAAGUAAUCGAAUGUCUGCAUAGAAUGAUUUUACGCGGAACAAUGUUAAUUCAGAUUAAACUCAAUUAUAUUAAAUGAAAUUAAAAUAAUGUAUUGACAGUAAAGUUAUAUUGUUUAGCUCAAUUUGUUAACUUUGUGUUACACAAAUUUUAUGUAGUGAAUGUAUAAUAUUAUAUUGUUCUGCGGUUGUGCGUUGUUCCAAUUUAAUAAAAGUUAAAUAUUAUUCCGUCUUACGCUGGUUUUGACAAUCUGUCCUCUCAAACUUCUUUCUUUUCUGAACGAAUGAAUAGAUAAAGGAUAAGAUCAUUCCAAGAGCCAUACACAGAUUGGAAAAACCAGUAUUUAGUCAAAAUUUAUUCGACUGAAUUAUACAUUUGAAACGUAGUUUUUUUUCAAUAAUGAUUAAAUAUGUAUAUUAAAUGAGAUGUUAUUAGCUGGAAUUUCAUGAACUUCAGUAUUAUUUGAAGACGAGAGUCAGUUUUAUGUUUGUGUUCGAAGCGGAAUAUGUUUACAGAAAUAUAUCUACAUAUUAUACCUAAAUAUUUUCCAUUUCAACUCCAUUGUACUCGCUGUUCUGUGGUAAAUUAAUCAUUAGAUUUAGCGUUAGAUCAGACAUUUGUCCCUAAGUAAGUUACGUAUGGAGUUGACGUGUGAGACAAGACCUGGAGAAAUGAUUUCAUUUCCCACACAGUCAUAUUCAAACGAAUAUUUAUGAGGCCAUACAAAUAAAUACAUUAGAUAUAUCGAAUUUUGGUAUCAGCUCGUAGGAUUUAGUGUUAAGGUAUUUUAGAUGUAACUUGUAUAUAAUUUUUAAUCUAAUUAAUGUAACGUGCGAGUGUUCGAUAGAUGUAGAAUGUGAUCAAGUUGUAGAUGAACUUACAUUUAAUUAUAAUAUUUAAUGGUCAGUAAUAAGUAAUGUAAUCGUACCGAAUAGGUGAAUAUUGGCCAACCAUUCGUACCCUUGAACACACAGGCAUUUUUGAACGUAAACCUUUAAAUCUUUGAAACCGAAUAUAACCAUUUUUCACUAAGAUGUCCGUUUAGAUACUUUGCAUAUGACUUAAACUUAGGUGAUUANGGUGAUUGUGGUUAAGAAAGUGUUCAUCCAGUUGCCAAAAUCGAUGUAAAGUGGUCAUUGUUUGUUAUAAUCAAUUAUUACUGUGUAUUACAUACAUACAUUUAGCAUGUUUAUCAAUAAUUACAUUUAGGAUAAUGCUCAAGGUAUUUAAUUUUAUACAAGGGGUACCUACAUAUUCUUUCCUUGUGUAGAGUUGAGUAAAUUUUCUAUUAGAUUUAAAUAUAAAUAACGAAAAUUUUUGUAAAAUUGCAUUCCAAAGAAGCAUUCAAAUGUGUCGAACAUUCUUUUUGAAAAUAUACAAUCCGUGCUAAGACUGCAUAGAACAUUUUGAUAAAACCCGGUUUGCAAUGUUUUUGCAGAGUGUAUUUACAAGUUUUAACUAUUCCAGACUUUGCGGAUCCCUUCGAAAUAUCGGGGCCAACUUUUUAUAUUAUUAUAGACUCCCCCCUUUCUGACAUUUUGUUACGCACUUUUUGUGGAUCACUAUUUUCUAAUAACAUUUCAACAGUCAGACCUAUAGACAUUUAUUUAACGCACUAAGAGAUUUAAUACGGUACCUGCUUAUUAUUGUAACAAUAUACAUAGGUUGUUUUCGAUUAUACGAAUAAGUUGCAAGUGUAUAAUAAUUAAUACGGUUGAUCUUCAAGUAUUUCAAAUUAUAAUUAUUUCGAAUAUUUAGGUACUG